UCUGUCGACGCGCUCUCCCCUUGCAGUCGCCGCAAGAUCUCGGAGCUUCGUCGUCCUCCCUUCGCUUGUCUUUGGGUCGCUGCUCCGAAAUUCUCCAAAACCCUCCUCCCCUUUCCCGCGACACCCACCUUUUCAAAAUCCUCACGCAUCCGUCCUAGCCUCCAGCCUAGCGCCUCGCGUCGCUCCCGCACCCUAGGGUUUCCCCGCCCCCGCCGCCGUCCAUGGAGGCGGUGGUCGUCGACGCGGGCUCCAAGCUGCUAAAGGCCGGCAUCGCGGCGCCCGACCAGUCGCCCCCGCUGGUGAUGCCGUCGAAGAUGAAGCUGGAGGUCGAGGACCAGCAGCUGGCGGACGGCGCAGUGGUGGAGGAGGUGGUGCAGCCGGUGGUGCGCGGCUUCGUCAAGGACUGGGACGCCAUGGAGGACCUGCUCAACUACGUCCUGUACAGGAACAUUGGCUGGGAGAUUGGGGAUGAGGGCCAGAUCCUCUUCACCGAGCCGCUCUUCACGCCCAAGACUCUUCGGGAGCAAUUGGUGCAGCUUAUGUUUGAGAAAUUCAACGUUUCAGGCUUUUAUGCCUCUGAACAGGCUGUAUUGUCACUCUAUGCUGUUGGACGCAUUUCAGGAUGUACAGUUGACAUUGGGCAUGGGAAAAUAGAUAUUGCUCCAGUUUGUGAAGGAGCUGUUCAACACGUAGCAUCAAAGAGAUUAGAGAUUGGAGGAGUUGACUUGACAAAUCUGUUUGCACGAGAACUGAAAAAAUCCAAUCCAUCAGUAAAUUUUGAUAUUUCUGAUGUUGAGAGGCUGAAAGAGCAAUACGCAUGCUGCACAGAAGAUCAGUUGGCCUUUGAAGCUAUAGAAAGCUCAUGCCAGCCAGAAAGGCACACUCUUCCUGAUGGGCAGGUUAUAACAAUUGAAAAAGAGCGGUACAUUGUUGGUGAAGCUUUGUUUCAACCAAAUAUUUUGGGCUUGGAAGAUUAUGGUAUCGUUCACCAGCUAGUUACUAGUGUCUCAAAUGUUUCAUCAGAAUACCAUAGGCAGCUGCUAGAAAACACCAUGUUAUGUGGUGCCACCGCAUCGAUGACUGGUUUUGAAGACAGAUUCCAAAGAGAAGCAAAUCUUUCUGCUUCAGCUAUUUGCCCAUCUCUUGUCAAGCCCCCAGAAUACAUGCCCGAGAACCUAGCAAGGUACUCGGCCUGGAUGGGUGGUGCCAUACUGGCCAAGGUUGUCUUCCCUCAGAACCAGCAUGUCACCAAGGGCGAGUACGAUGAGACGGGCCCAUCCAUUGUGCAUAAGAAGUGCUUUUAGAAACAGCUGCCUUGACUUGACACGGUGCUGAUGCUGGGAUCUAAACCUUACUGCACUGUGCUCGCUCCAAGCUGCAGCGCUAAUGCCCUUAGGGCGCUGCAGUUCUAAGCUUUUUUCAUGGUCUUUUCGUGCAUCCUGCCCUCUGGCCCGGUUAGGUUGUAUUGUCCCUAGGUUAUUUGGAGUGCAGUAGAUUGUAAGAUUAACUUCUAUUUGUUAGGUGUUGUAGCCAAUUGUUCAAUAGUACCAGUAGUAUCAGAAAGUUUCCUAAGAUAAUUAUUUGCAAUUUGCAUUAUGAUCCAUUAUCUGUUUAGCUGCUAGUACUAGUGAGAGAGUUGCUUCAAGACAUCCAUGAGACUAGUCACAUCGACUGGUUGCUGGAUGCGUAUAGUUUUAUAUAA